AUUCAUUAAUAUCCCAACUUAUUAGUAUCCACUAUGAAAGUCUAUAUUUCCAAAAUCUUAGGCUUCUUACUCUCUUUGUUUUUCUACCAUUGCCAAGCGUAUCCACAUUACAAGUUCGUUGUGAAGGAAGUUCCAUAUACGAGAUUAUGCAACACAAAGAACAUACUCACCGUAAAUGGCCAAUAUCCGGGGCCUACUUUAUAUGUUCAUAAAGGAGACACAAUCGCUGUAGAUGUUUACAACAGAGGAAAAUAUAACAUCACUAUUCAUUGGCAUGGAGUGAAACAACCAAGAAAUCCAUGGACGGAUGGUGCAGCAUACAUCACACAAUGUCCUAUUGCACCAGGAGCAAAAUUUAGACAGAAGAUCAUUUUGACAACCGAAGAAGGGACUUUGUGGUGGCAUGCUCAUAGUGAUUGGUUGCGAGCAACUGUAUAUGGUGCUAUGAUCAUAUAUCCCAAGUUGGGAACAAGCUAUCCCUUCGCCAAACCUGAUGCAGAAAUUCCCAUCCUAUUAGGAGAUUGGUGGAUACAAGAUAUAGUGGAGGUUGUAGAUGAACUUUUUCUUUCUGGCGGUGAAGGAAACUAUUCCAAUGCCUUCACCAUCAAUGGUCAGCCUGGUGAUCUUUAUCCCUGCUCUAAACAAGACACAUUCAGACUCAAGGUGGAGAAAGGUUUGACUUAUCUUCUUCGGAUAAUCAAUUCUGCCGUGCAAGAUAUGCUCUUCUUCUCCAUUGCCGGCCACAAUGUCACCUUGGUCGGAUCCGAUGCUAGCUACCUAAAACCAUUAGAGAGAAGCUUCUUUGUCAUAUCUCCUGGCCAAACCUUUGAUGUCCUUCUAGAAGCCAACCAAAGUCCCAAUCACUAUUACAUGGCUGCCAAAGCAUACACCGUUGCUGCAAAAGGUGUUUUCGACAACACCACCACCACAGCUAUUGUAGAAUACAGUGGAAACUACACUCCAUCUUCGCCGCCGCUAUUCCCUUAUCUUCCUGAGUACAAUGACUCACAUGCAGCUGUUAAUUUUACUGGCAGUCUCCGGAGCUUAGCUGAUGAGGAGCAUCCAAUUAACGUGCCAAUGGAAAUAAAUAGUCAUUUGUUUUAUACUCUGUCAAUGAACACAGUUCUAUGCCCAAACAACUCGUGCUCAGGGCCAAAUGGGACGAGAAUCUUAGCUAGUGUGAACAAUAUCAGUUUGGUCGAUCCUAAAAUUGAUAUAUUGGAAGCUUACUAUUAUUGCAUUCCUGGCGUAUUUGGGACUUGGUUUCCUGACUUUCCUCCGUUAUUUUAUAACUUCACCGCCGAGGAUUUACCAAUGAACCUGGAGAUACCGACCCUAGCGACCGAAGUGAAGAUACUGGAAUAUAAUUCCACAGUGGAACUUGUUUUCCAGGGUACAAACUUGCUUCUAGGCAGUGACCAUCCGAUGCAUCUUCAUGGGUUUAGUUUCUAUGUUGUGGGGGUCGGUGUGGGGGAUUUUGAUAAUGAGAUAGAUCCCUUGAAGUAUAAUCUGGUCGACCCUCCCCUUUCGAACACCAUUAUUGUGCCUGUAGAUGGCUGGCUCGCCAUCAGAUUCAAAGCUGAUAAUCCUGGAGUGUGGUUUAUGCAUUGCCAUUUCGAUCGACACAUGGUCUGGGGCAUGGAUGCAGUAUUCAUAGUUAAAAAUGGCGAAUCUCCAGAUACCAAAAUGUCAAUACCACCAUCUGACAUGCCGUUGUGUCGUAAGCCUGUCCCAAUUACAUCCAAGGUCACAAAUUCUCUGGGUCCAGAUAUAUGUCCUAUAUAUGUAGAAAAAAAGUAGGAUUGUAAUCCUAGAAAGUAUUUAGCUAAAUAAAAUGUUGUAAUUGGCAGUGUUUAUCCUUCUCCAUCAAAUCAUCAAUUCGAAGAUCAGUGUGCAGCACACUGUGAUGGAAUUCCAUUCACGUCACGGGCGAGGUCUGGGCAUAGGAAGUGAUCCCACUAACAAGUGGCCUUAGCCACUAGGCCAGAACAUGACCGGCACAUGGGGAUCACACAACUUUCGGUUGGAUAGAUAAGGCUGUGGAUGUCUUCCUCAAAACUACAAGAGAAAAAGAAAUAGUACAUUUGAUGAAAAAUGGUUGGCUCUCAUUAAUUGUACAACUUAAAAUAGAAAAAAAUCUAUAUAUAUAUUAAAUCAGAAAUCAUUCAAGAUAAGCAUGUCAAGUGUCACUUUUAUAAGUUCUUUGAUAUACUCUUUUGUUGCCACGUGUCAAUACUUUCU